AUGACUCCAGAUGAUUCCUCCAACGACUGUGACACUCAAUCCUUAACGGAGAGUGUCACGGCAUUUCCAUUUGAGAAUGGCCGGAGGUAUCACAAGUACCACGAGGGCUUGUACCCAUUCCCAAACGACGAGCAAGAAUUGGAUCGACUUGAUAUGCAGCAUCAUAUCUGGAAACAAAUCAACGACAACAAGCUACACUUUGCUCCCCUGCGAGAUCCGAAGCGGAUCCUUGAUAUCGGCACAGGUUCCGGAAUCUGGCCGAUAGAAAUGGCGAGCCACUUCCCCGAAGCAAGCAUAAUCGGCACCGACCUAUCCCCAGUUCAACCCACCGAAGUCCCACCAAAUGUCCACUUCCUAGUCGAAGACGCCACGGAAGAAUGGCUCUGGGAACCAAACCAUUUCGACUACAUCCGCAUAGGCAACAUGACCGGCUGCCUACCCUCAACCAAGGAUGUUCUCAAAAAGGCCAUGCGCGUACUCAAACCUGGUGGAUGGUUUGAGUGGCACGACAUCGACCCCAUACCCAGAUGUGACGAUAACACCAUCCCGCCACCGAACACAGAAGGCGGAUUCAGUGAGUAUGCUCUACAUGAUUGGAUAGAGUUGGAAGUAAAAGCCUCCGAGGAGUAUGAGCCCUAUCGCCAGUUUCUGAUUGCACAUAAACUGGCCGCGGAGAUGAGGCAGGAAGGGUAUCUGGACGUCAAUGAUCAAAUCACAAAAGUGCCCCUGAACCCCUGGCCAAAGGAUCCAAAACUAAAGACCUUGGGUGCUUGGUACCAAGAGAAUUGGAUGACGGGUCUAUCGGCGUAUACCUACAAACCUUUCCUGGCGUUGGGAUGGACGAAACCCGAAAUCGAGGUGUUUCUGGUUUCGGUUCGAAAGUGUAUCACCAAUCGGCACUUUCAUGCAUAUCACAAUUUCCAUGUUGUCACGGGGAGGAAACCGUUUGCUGGCGAGAAAUCACCAAAAUGA